GUCAACCUUGCAGAGCCCUGGGGCUCCGCAGCCUUUCUCAAACACUGAGCUAAGGCAUUCCCUGCAGGGGAGUCUGGAGAACUAGAAUCAUGGUGGUGAGAUAAAUAGGACAUAAACACCUGUAGUAGCUCAUGAAUGGGCUGUGGUGCUGAAAGCAUCCUUAAAUUUAGUUAUUUGUCUUAACAGGAAAAAUUCAGAAGAAACCCACAAAUUUGGCAGCACUGGUGUGGUGGGAUUCUCUGUAUUCUUAAAUUAUCACUAUGGUACAGCAAGAAUGGCUUUCAAAAUGUGUUCAACCGUUAGACCUUAAUUUUAGCAUAUAGAUGAACUUUUAAAAGGAAUUGUUAACUGAAGCUUGACAGAGUGUUCUACACAUUGAUUUACAAACCAUAGUGUUGCCAUCACUACAAACUUAAUUCCUACACGUUCCCUCACCCAUGCACCUUAUAGACCAAAAUCUGAGCUACACAAGGUCUACACAACAGAGUUAGAUUGAUGCAAGGCAUCUUACGUUGACCUAACCAUGAAAGUGUCCAGACUUUCACUCCUGCCAACUUAACUGCCCCAAUAAUUUCACCACUUAGUAGCAUAGAAUCAAAAUUAAUGUAGUUACAUUGAUUCAGUAACAGUGUACACAUGACAUUAUUGUAUAGACUGUUACUAGCUUCCCUAAAUGCUUCACAGUGACAGUAAAAUCUAUACAAAUGCACCAGUAACACAAGGAGCAAAGUGUAAACAUGCACAAGCGAUGCAAUUAUUCCAGCAGUUGUGUACCAGUCAUGCGCUUGGCACAGUGGUCGCUGCAACUAAAGCAUCUAAUGGGCUACCUCAGCCUGGAGAUGAAUAUGACUUCUAUCGCAGCUUUCCUGGAUUCCGGGCAUACUGUGAAACACAAGGUGAUAGGCUGCUUCACUGUAUGAGCAAGGUGAUGCAAUAUCAUGGUUGUCGGAGUCACGUGAAGGAUCAUAACAAAGCAACAGAGCUGGAAGAUAAAUUUGAUUUGCUGGUCGAUUCCAAUGAUGUAAUUCUUGAAAAAGUGGGUAUUUUACUAGAUGAAGCAGCAGGAGUGAACAAGAACCAGCAACCUAUCCUUCCUGCAGGGAUGCAAGUCCCAAAGACGAUCAUUUCCAGUUGGAACCGCAAGAGUGGAGAAUCCCACAGAACAAAGUCUGAAAUCUUCCGAUUGCUACAUGCCAAGAAUAUCACUCGACCACAGCUCAGAUUUCGAGAGAAGAUUGACAAUUCCAACACCCCCUUCAUACCUAAGCUUUUUGUGAAACCCAAUGCUCUGAAACCAUUGCCUGAAGCACUCGCAAAAAGCAGGCGGGAACGAAAGGAGCGUCCUGAGGAUUUGGAUGUACCAGCUGCUCUAGCUGAUUUCCUCCAUCAACAGAGGAUUCAGCAGACUGAACAAGACAUGUUUGCUCAUCCUUAUCAAUAUGAACUGGAGCACUUUGUUCCACCAGAUGCAGUUCUUGAGAAACCCCAACUCCAGAUGUACAGGCCUGUUCAGGAUACACCCUGCCAUUUUAUCUCCACCCUGGAUGAGUUGGUAGAACUGAAUGAAAAACUUGUAAGCUGCAAAGAAUUUGCUGUGGAUCUGGAGCAUCAUUCCUAUAGGAGUUUCCUGGGCUUGACUUGUCUGAUGCAGAUUUCCACUCGGAUGGAAGAUUUCAUUAUUGACACCCUGGAGCUGCGUAGUGACAUGUAUAUUCUAAAUGAGGCCUUCACAGACCCUGCCAUUGUGAAGGUCCUUCAUGGUGCCGACUCAGAUGUGGAGUGGCUACAGAAAGACUUUGGUCUGUAUUUAGUGAAUAUGUUUGAUACUCACCAGGCUGCCCGUCUCCUCAACCUUGGCAGACACUCCCUGGACCACUUGCUAAAACUCUAUUGUCAAGUAGAAGCUGACAAGCGGUAUCAGCUAGCUGACUGGAGGAUUCGCCCUUUGCCAGAGGAAAUGAUUCAGUACGCCCGAGAUGACACUCACUACCUUCUCUACAUUUAUGAUAAAGUGAGAGAGGCAUUGUGGGAGAGAGGAAAUGGACAGCCCACUCAGCUGCAGGUGGUGUGGCAGCGCAGCAGAGACAUCUGCCUGAAGAAAUACAUCAAACCCAUCUUCUCAGAGGACUCCUACCUUGAGCUCUACAGGAGACAGAAAAAGCAUCUCAACACACAGCAGCUAACCGCUUUUAAAUUGCUAUUUGCCUGGAGGGACAAAAUGUCACGCCAAGAGGAUGAGAGUACAGGGUAUGUGCUACCAAACCAUAUGCUACUGAAGAUAGCUGAGGAGCUGCCCAAAGAACCCCAGGGCAUCAUUGCUUGUUGCAAUCCAAUCCCACCACUAGUCCGCCAGCAAAUCAACGAAAUGCAUCUCCUCAUCCAACAGGCCCGGGAGAUGCCACUGCUCAAGUCUGAAACUGAAACAGGGGUAAAGAAGAAAGGAUCUCUGCCCAACCCAGAGAGGCUGGAGAAUCACUUGUUUGGACCUCAUGACAAUUCACAUGUUCCUCUGGAUGAUAUUCAGAACUUCUCCAACUUAGAACCUGCACCAGUUCUGGAAUGUGGGACUCUCUUUCCAGACAAUGAUGGGGAGAGGGACAGCACAAGAAUAUUACCAAAUUCUGCAUGUCUUGUUGCUACAGCCACCAUCAGUAUAUUCAGUGAACCUGAUGUGGAUGAAGGGAAUGAGAAGAACUUAACAGUCGCACAGCAGAAGGCUCGACGCAUAAUGGAGUCAUUUGAAAAUCCAUUUCGAAUGUAUCUGCCUUCAGAACAGAACCCUGCCCACAUCUCUCAAUCAGCAAAGUUUGACCCAUCCUCAAAAAUUUAUGAAAUCAGCAAUCGGUGGAAGUUGAUGAGUCAGACACAACUGCAGAUAGAGGCAAAGGAAGAAGCCAAGAAGAAAGCAAUGCAGCAGAGAGCCGCUCGUGAACAAGUGCAGAAGGAGUACAAAGCAACAGCAGAGAAUAGUGUCUCAGUCCGUCAGCAAGCUGCACAGGAACAGGCCAGUAAGAAGAGGGAGAGAAUCACUAGUGAACCAGGAUCAGAAAUGCCAAAACAAGAGAAGAAACGGCCAAAAGCCUCCCAGCAGCCAGAGGAGCAGGAAACACCAAAGCAGUUCACCCCCUUUGAUUACAGCAAGUCUAACUUCAAAGUGUUUGCUGGAAACAGCACGUCUAAGCAGUCAUCCCAGUUUGAUCCAGCCAAGCAGGCCCACACAGGCAAGAAAUUCUCUGGAGCCAACAAACUUCAACACCCAGCUGGAAAUAAAAGCAUGUCCUACUUGGCAGGGAAAACUGAUCGGGGCUCCCGGCACAACUGGCCAAAAAGAUAGUGUUUGUAAGAGAUCCUGUGGGAACGGCUAGUGAACAAAAAAGUCACUGUUGUCAAACUGUGCAGAGGCAAAUAUCUAUCAGUGCUGCAGUUUUUGUAUGGAAAUCUUUUUAAAGUAAUUAAAACUUUUUUUCCAAAGGGGAAAACCAA